AUGGAACCACCGCCACCACAAACCCCUUCAUCAACAUCACUACAACGAACCUCCUCGAUCCCGACCACACUUCUCAACAAAUACGAAUUAGGCCGACUGCUUGGCCGUGGCAGCUUUGCAAAAGUCUAUGCAGCCCGUUCUUUAUCCGACAAGACACAAUUGGCAGCGAUCAAAAUCAUAGACAAAACAAAAACCGAUGCUUCCAUGGAACCCCGUAUUAUCUCCGAGAUUUCAGCCAUGCACCGCCUUCAACACCACCAAAACAUUCUCAAAAUCCACGAGGUUAUGGCAACAAAAACCAAAAUCUACCUCGUCAUGGAACUUGCCUUAGGAGGCGAUCUCUUCUCUAAGAUCCGCAAGACGGGGAAACUUAAAGAAUCAGCAGCACGUCGUUACUUUCAACAGCUUGUCUCUGCCCUCCGUUUCUGCCACCAAAAUGGUGUCUCUCACCGCGAUAUCAAGCCUCAUAAUUUACUUCUUGACGGUAAAGGUAAUUUAAAAAUAACUGAUUUUGGACUUUCGGCUUUGAAGAAUGGCGGCGGCGGCGGCGGAUUGCUUCACACGGCUUGUGGGACUCCGGCUUUCACAGCGCCGGAAGUUAUGGCACGGCGGGGCUACGACGGAGCUAAAGCGGAUGCUUGGUCUUGUGGGGUCAUGUUGUUCUUUUUAUUGUCGGCUUCUUUGCCUUUUGAUGACAGUAAUCUUGCAGUUAUGUGUAGGAGAAUUCAUAAAGGAGAAUAUCAAGUGCCUUCCUGUAUACCAAAGCCGGUUAAAUCGAUUAUAAUCCAGCUUCUUGACCCGAAUCCUAAUACAAGAAUGAGCAUUGAAGCGUUAAUGAAUCAUGCUUGGUUUUUGAAGAAGUUUGAAUUACCAACUCAAAGUAGCUUGUUCGAGUUGGAUUAUAAAAAUUCGUGUAAAUUUGAUAAGAGUGCGGUUGCGAGCAUUAAUGCCUUUGAUAUAAUAACUAUGUCUUCAGGGUUGGAUUUGUCAGGUUUAUUUGAGGUUAAGAAUUGGAGAGAGAGAAGAUUUACAUCAAGCGAAACAGUGGAAAGAGUUACAGAGAGAGUGAAAGAAGUUGGAGGGAGAUUGGGGUAUAGGGUGGAGGAAGGAAACGGUGGGGUUGCUAUUGGGUUGGGGAAAGAGAGGGUGGGAUUGGUGUUCGAGGUGUUAGAAAUAGUGGAGAAGCUGUUGGUGGUGGAAGUUAAGGCGGUGGUGGGUGGUGGGUUGGAAUUUGAGGAGUUUCAUUGGGGAGAACUGAAAGAUGGGCUUGAGGACGUUGUGCUUCAAUGGCAUAACGAUGCUCUGUGA